CGAAUCGAUACGACGCGCGUCACGUGCCGCCGACCGCGACCAAUAGCCGCGCUCGGGCGGCCGCGGGGAGGGCGGCGGGGGGUUCGCGGGGUGCGCUCGGCGGGCAGCGGGGAGGGCGGCCACUCUCCGCCGACCGCCAGUGCACGAGGAGCAGUCGCGCGGGACGCUUGUUCGCCGCGCCCGCUCCACAACACGAGUUUCACCGAAAACCGGUCCGAUGCAUCGUGACAUGUUAUAGUGUGCAGUGCGGUCGCUAUGAGUGCGUGGACGGAGGAAGUGUUGUCCUGGCGGGACGAGCGGCUGGGGCUCACCGAGCUGCCUGCGAGUACCACGAGGAGAAAACAACGCAGUGCGCCUUACAGACUACACCGGCCGCAUUUGCCUUCCGCUCACGUGUCCGAGCCCCCGCCGGAGCCUCUGGGAACUCACAUCUCAAGACUGUAUCCGGAGCUAUUGGCGCUGAUAUUUGAGCGAUUGCCGGUGCGCGACCGAGGUCGGGCCGCUCAGGUGUGUCGCGCGUGGAGGGACGCAGCUGAUCGCCGCUCGGUGUGGCGCGGAGUCGAGGCCGCUCUGCACCUCAGGAGGCCGGCCCCGGUGCUGUUCGCUUCACUGGCCAGGCGGGGUGUGAGGAAACUACAAGUUCUGUCUUUGCGGAGAGGACUGAGGGACGCCGUCGCCGCUCUACCUGGCUUAGAGUCGCUGUCCCUGAGCGGAUGCUACAGCGUGACGGACGCGGCUUUGGCCAGUGCUUUCGCUGCAGAGUUGCCGGCCCUCAGGAGACUCGAUCUGUCUUUAUGUAAACAGGUGACAGAUUCUUCACUAGGUAGAAUAGCGCAAUCGUUAAAGAACUUAGAAGAGUUGGAGCUGGGCGGAUGCUGCAAUAUAACCGACACUGGUCUGUUGCUCAUAGCUUGGGGACUAAGAAAGUUACGCAGGUUAAACUUAAGGUCGUGUUGGCACGUCAAUGACGCUGGUAUUGCACACUUGUGCGGUGGCGGCGAGGCGCGCGGCACGCCCGACCUCGAGCACCUGGGCCUGCAAGACUGCCAGAGGCUGACGGAUGAAGCUUUGAAGCACGCCGCCACGGGAUUGCCCAAACUGAAGUCCAUCAACCUGUCUUUCUGCGUGGCGGUGACUGAUGCCGGCUUACGGCAUUUGGCGCGCCUGGCUCACCUGGAGGACAUCAACCUGCGCGCCUGUGAUGGAGUCUCGGACGCGGGUGUGGCGCACCUGGCCGAGAGUGGGCGGCUGCGGGCGCUGGACGUGUCGUUCUGCGACAAGGUGGGCGACGAGGCGCUGUCACAUGCGACGCUAGGCCUGUCCGGGCUGCGGUCGCUGUCGCUGAGUGCGUGCCGGCUCACGGAUGAGGGCCUGGAGCGUGUCGCGAGGCUGUCGCAGCUCGAGACGCUCAACAUCGGUCAGUGCACACGCGUCACCGACCGCGGGCUCAGGGCGCUCGCUGAGGGGCUGCGCAACCUCAAGGCGAUAGACUUGUACGGGUGUACGUGUAUUACGCCGCAAGGCUUGGACCACAUCGUGAAGUUGCCGCGGCUCAGUGUGCUUAACCUCGGCCUGUGGCAUGUACGGUGACCACACACGCGCUAGUCUGUGUCUGUGCGUGCCGCGAGCCGCGUCUGUGUGAGUGCUAGGCGCUAGCGAGCAGUGAGCGCGCCGCCCGGCCCGCGGCCCGCCGCCCGCGCCGCUCGCCGCCGCGCCGAGCCGAGACGGCCGUGUUCACUGAACGAGCGCCAAGGUUGUAUACUAUGGACAUUAUAAAGGAAUUAACCAAUUUUAAGAUAUUAACUAUCGAAUUAUACGUUAGGACACGGGGUUGCUUUCUUUGGAGCGUUACGUUUAUUUGGCCAGUUGUAUGUUUUGUAUGAAGUCUGUUUUAUAUUCCGUGAUACGUUGUUUGUGUAUUGUUUGUUUGAAGAAAGUUACCCCAACGCCUAGUCGCCUGGUUGAGUCAGAUCUUUUCGAAUUGUCUUUUGUAUUAUUUUUGUACUAUUGUUGUGUAGAUGUUCAGUUGUUUCCGUCGGUUCGCGAACGUUUGAAAAGAUCUGCUCAACAGAAACGCUCCAUUAGUUAGGUAGAUAUUUAGUCAUUCUUCAAAUUAAUUGUUGUUUUUAAUUCGACCUUGCAGCGACCGUGUUAAGGGUAUAUCCAAUGUCUUAAAGGUUAGGUUUUGUAUAAUUGUUUUUGUAACGGAACACCUGAUUGGGAGAUAUGCGAAUGUAAACACAUCUGUUGAUGCGCACACGAAUAACAAACAGAUAGUAUUAAAAACACGCUUGUUUUUAAAACAUCGGAUCCCUACGAUCCGUAUCGUGAUAGAAUAACAUGAAAGUAAAAUUACCGUAUUGAUUUAUAUGAAUAAAUAAAGGCGAUGAGGAGACGUUGAUUUACUAAGAUCAUUCGUCAUGUCAGUUGGAUUCGUUUGAAAAUUAGAAGUAACGUUAAGUUUAGUAUGAAACUACUUGUAUUUUCGUCUUCCCAUUAUAUUAACACGGUUUUAAAACCAGUUUUUUUUUAUUAUAAGCGAUGGCAAAAGGGAACGGAUGGACAGCCAUGUAAGCGUCAAACAUAACAAAUUAUUUAAAUUUCAACAAUGUAGUUCAAACUAUGUCAACUGGAAUAGAACUAAUGGCGUUCUUAUUUUAAAAAAGCUGUUCUAUAAAUUGAGUAGAAAUUAUUUUCUUUUUAAUUGGCAUAAUAAGCCAGUGCACCUAAUCAAAUAAACAUUUCCAUAGACGAACGUUUGCUCAAAAUGGCCGAAAGAGUAUAUGCAAAACAAAACUUCUUGCUAACUUUUAUUCAUUGUAUACAUCUGGAAUGUUUAGUUUACAAUUUGUUUUUCUACGAAAUGUAAAGGUGUGUGCACAUGUUGCAGCUGUAAGUCCCUUUCCGGCGAUGGCAAACGAAGUCAGCCUUAAAUACAAGUAAAACCGGAUAAAGACCAAAUGUAUGAAUUACAAAGUAAACAAUAUGGAAUGUCUUCCUGUCUACUUAUAUGUUGAUUUGAGGCUGACCUUACUUAUAUGAGUAAUGUUUAAGCCGUAAGCCGUGUUCGCAAAUCUCCCAAUAGUCCAAGAUCUCGGUUAUACGUAAUUUUUUGAUAUUAGAAUUAGGUUUAUUGUUUUUAUACAUUUUUAUCGUCGCUUAAGGUCGAAUUGAGAACUAAAACGUUGUAUACUUCAUGGAUACGUUGUUUUUUGUACAAAAACGAUUGUAAUAUAGAAGGAAAAUGUAUUAAAAAUCAUCGUUUAAGUUACAAAUUAAA